AUGGGUCAUAAACAAUAUUUAAAAGUUGGUCAAAGUGCCAAAAAUAGACUUUUCGGUGUUGCCGCACCAUCGUCGAAAAAACAAAGAAAAAUGGACGAUGGAGGGACUCCAAUAAAUAUGCUCAUAUCGGAGCAAAGUAAAAUUAGUACAGGUAAGACUAACGAAUUUUUCAGAAUAACGAAAAUUCAGGUUUACGCGGGAAAUAAUUACAUAGAGUAA